CGGCUAUGACAGUUCGCUACAUGCACAUCAGGUGUUAUCAGCACAAUGUCUGUCUGUAGGAGGAAGAUAACUGGAGAGUGAUGUUUCAGAGAGAUCUGCUGAUCUGCUUUUAGGGCUUAAGGUCAGGCUUUGCUUCUCUCCAGAUCUUCCUCAGUGUCUGUUUUUUUUUUUUCUUUUCUUUUUCUUUUUUUUUUUUUUGCCGUUAUUCAUUGAUUCCCUUCAUGGUCCCUCCUUCUGCUCUGUUUUUAUUUUUCCCCCCCAUCUUUAAUUUGGCUCUCCGCCCCCUCUGCUCUCCUCUCAUCUGUUCUCAGUAAGAAGAUGCAGACAGUUUGAAUGAUGUUAAAGGCAGAGCUCUCUGUCCAGUGCAGCGGUCAGAACAUGACCUGACCCAGUCGACAUGAUGAACUUGGAGGGACUAGAGAUGAUUGCGGUCCUGGUAGUGAUUGUUGUCAUUGUUAAGGUUCUGGAGCAGUUCGGACUUUUAGAGGCAAGCUAUGAUGAUAGUGUUGAGGAUGAACUGGAGCUUUCUGCUGUACGGCAUCGACCAGAAGCUCUGGAGCUGCUGGAGGCUCAAACGCGUUUUUCACGCAAAGAGCUUCAAAUCCUCUACCGGGGCUUCAAGAAUGAAUGCCCCAGUGGUGUGGUCAAUGAAGACACAUUUAAGGAAAUCUACUCUCAGUUCUUUCCACAGGGAGAUGCAUCAACGUAUGCACAUUUUCUGUUCAAUGCAUUCGACACCGAUCACAAUGGCUCUGUCAGUUUUGAGGAUUUUGUGAUGGGUCUUUCCAUUCUCUUACGAGGCACCGUUCAAGAGAAGCUUAACUGGGCAUUUAACCUGUACGAUAUUAAUAAAGAUGGAUAUAUAACAAAAGAGGAAAUGUUAGAUAUCAUAAAGUCCAUCUAUGACAUGAUGGGGAAAUGCACAUAUCCCACACUUAAAGAGGAAACUCCACGACAGCAUGUGGAGAUAUUUUUCCAGAAAAUGGACAAAAACAGGGAUGGAGUGGUCACUAUAGAUGAAUUUAUAGACUGCUGUCAAAAUGAUGAGAACAUCAUGAGAUCAAUGCAGCUUUUUGAGAACGUCAUUUAACAUCUGAAUGGACUCUGUUGGCGGGCCAGCUCAUAUAACCACCUUUAUACUCCACAAAAGCCGAAGUCCUCGAUGAGACACGUCUGAUUACUAGCAGUGAUUUACCCAUAAACCAAAUUUAAACAGCAUUUUUAAUAUCAAAGAAAAGUUAUUUUUUACAUUUUUGUCAUAUCCUUUUCCUGUAAAAAAGAAAAAAAAAAUAGAGCUUUAUUUAAAGUACAGCAAUUUAUGGAAGCUUGUUUCCACCACAGAAUAAAAAAUUAAAAAGGUAAUUGUGACUUUUGUCUCACAAAUCGGACUUUUUUUCUCAGAAUAGAGAUAUAAACUUGCAAUAGAGUACAACAGUGCCCUUCCCAAUUUUCAGCGGCGUUGGUUCCGGAAGUAUUUUUUCCAUUCAUUUCUCCCAUAGGGAUUUCAAAAAAGCCUUUGUUAAAGCGUUAUAAGCAUUAUAAGCUACGAGGUGAAUCAUAACAUUACGAAUUUUGAUUUGAAGCAAAAAAGUAUUUGAAACUGUUUAUUGCAAAAUAUGCAUAUAUAUACAGUAUAUAUAUAUGUAUGUAUAUGUAAGUAUUUUGAGAGGCCAACUCAAUUAAGCCAUCUGUGGUGUUUCAUGGGAGUGGGCGGAGCUAAACAGCUCUUUGGUGUGUUUUUGCUUGUUUUGACUCUGAUUGGUAGAAUUUUUCUGCACAGCAUCAUGGGUAAUGUAGUUUUUCACCAUGAAUUCCACUGUUAAACACAAUUAUUUUAAAACUAUGUUGAAAAAAUGCAGGCUGACAGCUUCAACAGAAGCAAAUACUAUCGAUUAAUAACCUCAUAGCUCACAGUAGGUCUGCCUAUAAAGGUUUAUAAGUUAUUGUUAAAAAUCAAUUUCCCUAUGGGGAAAAUGAAUGGAGUUUUUACUUCCGGAACCCGGCUGUUGCACACUAUUGUGAAUAAUAAAGUCAGAAUUGUGAGAUAUAAACCUGCAAUUGCAUAUUAAAACGUCCAAAUUUAAAGAUAUAAAUUCACAAUUGCUAGAAAAUAUCGCAAUAACCUUUUUUAUUUUUUAUUCCCCUCACUUCCAUUCAAUAUGAUUGCAUAAGUACAUAAAUCAGCUUUUUUCUGCAAAUUUCUGAGAACUGAAAGUACUAGAAGCCAUUUUACAUCUAGAAGUACAUUUCAUACAUUUGCCCAUUGACCAUUUCAUACAUACAUUCAUAAAUUGCAGCAAUUUACCAAGAAUAUUUGACAGGCAAUUUACAAAGACUGAAUAACCAGUUGGCCCUCAUGGUUUAACAGUCAUUGUCACGUGAACUCAUUUGUUAAAGUUAUUGUUCACGCAAAAAUUAAAAUUCUGUCAUUUACUCACCCUCAAGUUGUUCUAAACCUCUAUGAAUGUCUUUCUUCUGCUGAGCACAGAGGAAAAUAUUUUGACUUUUUAUGACUUCCAUAGUAUUUUUUUUUUUCCUACUAUGGAAGUCAAUGGCUACCAUUAACUGUUUGGUUACCAACAUUCUUCAAAAUAUCUUCCUCUGUGUUCAGCAGAAGAAAGACAUUCAUACAGGUUUAGAACAACUUGAGGGUGAGUAAAUGAUGACAGAAUUUUCAUUUUUGUGUGAACUUUCCCUUUAAAUUACUAAUGUGUCACACAUAAAGGUACAAAUUCAUCACAUAACACAGAUUCAUGGUGAUUUUAAGCACAACAAUUAGUAAUAAUUCAUACUUCUAGCCUUUUUUUCCAUAAGUACAAACAUAUGAAUCUGCAGCCUUUAAACUUCUACAGAAUCAUUCCAGAAUGUUCUUACUACAACAGCGGGUCCAGCCAAAACAGGUGGAAGGAUUAAAAUAAAGAUGUAUGUUUUCUAAAAUAUAUUUAAAAUAGAUCUUUACAGUUUUUUUAUUUGUUCAGAAUCAUUUGCCAACUAGAACAAUAUGCUAUAUUAUAGAUUUGAAAGCUACAGGUAUAGAGAAUCAAAGCACACAUGUUGUAUUUGUCUUAGGAAACACUGUUACAAAGUAAUGCUGCUUACAUGUAUCUUAGUUAUAAUGUCCGUGUGAAAAAUGUCACAUUAUGUUUACAAGUUUCCAACACUGUAUCACUGUUCUCAAAGCAUCAUGCUGUGUGGGUUUAUUUAUAAGCGCAUCAGGCUGUCUGUAGCUGUACAGUACGUGUUCACUCAGAGGUUUUUAUUCUGUUUGACCAUCAGUAUUUGUGUGUCUGCAAAAGAGUCUCUUGUGUCUUUCAGGGCAUUGCUUAAACCUCUCUCUUACAGCGAAUUUCAUUCAGGAUGUUUAAACUUAUUAACCCCCACCGAAUUUUUGUUGACAUUAAUUUAGAAGUAUUUUACGUUAUUUGGCAUUAAACAUCACUUUCACACAGAACAUUAUUUAACUGUGGGCAAAUCAUAAAAUCAAAACAAAAUGUAGUUUACCAAGAGAGUUAUAAUGUUAUCCACCGUCGCCACCUAGUGGUCAGUGACUUAAGUUACAACUCACCGCCAAAAUAAACUGUCAAUAUUUCAAUUCCAAUAUUCUAAUGAUGUCUUUAAAAUCACAUGGGCCCAGUUGCAACAAGCUUCCAUUACAAUCAUAAUCAUAACUCGCAAGAAUCUUAGCUGAAUCCCUGGGUGCAAAUGUUUCCUUCAACAUGCAUUUUGGUUAACACUACUGCAACAAUAAUUCUCAAAGCUUGACAAGUGUUCAUGCGGAUUUAAUGGGCGUCUAAAGAUAACAUGUACACCAGAGAACGAGAGAGAUAUCAAAGAGUUUUAUAACUGUAUACAGGCCGAUCCAGACAUCGGGUUGAAAAGAUAUUAUUACACUGAUUUGUAUUUAAAAUGUGUGUAGAUAUUUCAUAAGUUACAAAUGAGCAUUUUUGAUGCAUCUCUCUUUUUUUUCAGAUCCUACAUUUUGCUUAUUUAUUCAGAAUAUGCAAAUAAUGUUUAUUGUUUUGGGUUCUAUAUCAUUAUACUGUCUAAUAAGAACACUUGAUUUUCUGUCAGUUUUCUUUUGUUCGUUUUGCGACCUGCAUGCCUGAUUGACAGUAGCUUUUCCAGGAGAAGAGUGCAUGAGCUUUUCCCUACUCUAGAAAUCAGUGCCUUUCUUUGUUAAAGCUCAUCCCAAACUGUAUUUUCUGUCUGACUUCAUUGUAAUUGAGUUACAGCAUAGAACAUGAUCCUUUUUUAGUCCUUUUCUGAAAACAAUGCUAUGUCAUUGAUUGCUGUAUUUGAGGUUUCCCGUUGACAUUCUAAUAAUGCAACAUUUCUUGCAAGCAACGUGAGAACCAGCUGCAUGUGUAGAGUGAAGAAGGCUUUAAGGCAGGGGUGGGUAACUCUGGCCCUCGACAUCCACUUUCCUGCAGAGUUUAGCUCCAGUCCUGAUCAAACUCACCUGCCUGUAGCUUUCUAGGGCUGCGUCUGAAAACUUAGGCAGCUUGUUGCCUCGCUGCCCAAUCAGGCAAUGAGUCUGCAGGCAGCGUUUGCGCACGGAGAUACCUCAAGAAACUGAUUUCAGACAGACUUCUGAGGCAGCAUGAAGGGUUACAGAUCUACAACAAAACAGAGAGCUUUGGUGAAAACUAAGCGAAUAUUUAAUUACUACAAUACUAAUUUCUCGCUAGAAAUGACAUCAAAAGUGGAAAACAUUGGUCAGAAACGUACAUUUACACAAACUGACCACCAACCGCAACUUUCAGACGCCAUCUUUAUUUUUUAGAUCAACUGUCACAGUGUGGUGGGAAAUCGAGUCCCCCCAGGAAUCGGGUCUCUUUUAGGACCCCGAGUGAUCCCAUUUUUUCAACAAGCUUUUAAUGGGUAGUAUUUUUAGUGCCUGAUUAUAAUUUCUGCAAAAUCACUUUAUGAUUUAAAUAGUGUAAAAUGCGUUAUAAUGACCAUUACACCGUGUCUACACCGGACGCGAGCAGCGCGAUGCGACGUGUCAAAAGAUAAUAUGUGCCGCGACAAAAUCACAACAGGAAACGGAUUUCCCGUUCUGUUUCUGACAUAGUCUAAGUGUUUUGCAAUGGUCGGUCUGUCGCGUUCAGUGUAGACAGCGGCGCGAUGCGACGCGAAAAAAGUCGCGUCUGAUGUAGACACGAUGUUAAUGUCUUUUAAAUUGCAUGGUUCAUAUACUAUUAUAUAACUGAAGGUAUAGUUUUUUUUAGUUAACUUAUGUACUAGCAUAGCAAACAUCUACCUAAUUAGCCUGCUAGCUUAGCUUAGCUUAUAUUAUAUUAGGUAGCCUAUGUUUUUGCUUCUAAUAUACGUUUCCAGUUUGUUUUAAUUAUGCAAUACAUAUGCACUAAUUUUAUAUUUCAAGCAUGUUGUCAGUGCACUUAAUGUAAUGAACAUCAUACAAUAGUGAAAUAGGUUGUAAUUAGUCAAGACAUCACGAUAACAACGUUUGAUCAGGCAUUACCACCAGGGUCCUAAAGGAGACCCGAUUCCUGGGUGGGACUCGAUUUCUCAUGAUGGCAUGGAACGCACAGAAUUGUGGGAUAUCAAAGGCAGCGAAGGAUACAUCUAUGCUGCUUUCAAAAAUCAAUGGCUGCAUCCGAAAUUGAUAAAGAAAAAUUUCGGAUGAAGCCAUAGAUUUUUGAAAGCAGCAUAGAUGUACCCUUCGCUGCCUUUGAUGUUUCCACAAUGUUUUUAACUAUUUAGUAGGCGAAAAACAUUAUGUGACAAAUAAAGUAUAUUCGAAUUCACAGUACUCAUAAAAGAGUAGGCAAAAAGUACCUGGAUGAACUACUACUUCCUACGACAUUUUGAAGUGUGCAUACCAUGGACACUUUACUAUCCCAUGAUGCCACCAGAGAAGACUUGUGAAUGGCAGUUGAGCGACAUAACUGACGCUGGUUUUGUAGGUCACAUGAUAAUGUCAGCAUGGCCAAUGUAGUACGUCCGGAUUACAUUCAUAUUACACAGAUUCAUACUAUAUAGAACAUACUUUUUUAGCGUUUGUUAAGUAAUUAAUUGUUCAAAAUAAGCACCUACUCAAGAGAGUAUGUGAUUUCGGAUGCAGCAGAUCAGAUGAAGGUAUUCCAGGAGACAGGAAGUGAAGUAAAUCUUGGAAUGCAUCCUCCGAAGGCAGCAUUGUUAAGCUUAUGUCCUUCCCCUUCCCUCGCUAAGUUCUCUCCGUCUCGUUCACUCUGAUGUACGUCAUUGCUUACGUUGCACGAGUGCUCACUACUGGCGAAACCCUUGAAAUGUGUUUAAAUGGAACGCCCUAAGCCCUUGAUCACUUGGAAUCUGCUACGUCACGUGAGUUACUGUUGUGACGUCACAAUCGUGUUGCAUUGUGGUCUAUGGAUCUGCCUGAAGUGUACAUACAAGUAGGCUCGCUCCAAAUACACUUCUCCAGUCCACUUGACAAAGCUGAAUGCACUUCAGAAUGGCGGUGGAGAUUCCCCCGAUGGGAAGUGCUUGGGGAAGUUCACGAUAUCUAAAAGUGGAGUUAAACACAGCCUAGUAAUCCUGAAGACCUGUAUUAGCUUCUUCAGGUGUGUUUGACUAAGGUUUGAGCUAAACUCUGCAAGAGUCGCCCACUCCUGCUUUACGGUGUUACCGAUUGGCCCUUAGUGAUGGGUAGAGCUGUCUGGAGCAGAUCUAGUGCUCUGUGUGCCUAUCCCAAGCUUCUCUGUGGAACUAGAUGAGUGUAUUUUGUAAAACAGAGUCAAUAAACCGCUCAGAAUGUA